UCUCAAUAGUUCAAUGUGAGAGAAACCGGUUGAUUGAAUAAUGAGAUUAAUAAAGAAUAACCUUCAAUAAUUAUCCAAUUUGUUAGAGUGUUGAUACACCCAACUAUUUCUUUUAUCUAAUCAAGCCUGUUGUUUUCAUUUUAGUGUUGAUCUCAACUGAAGUCAGUCGGUGGUCGGUUGAUACAGAGUUCAGUCGUCCGGCAUCAAGUUAGGUUAUUUCACGUUCCAGAAUUUGAACAGUUAAUUUCACAAUGGCGUACAUAGUAGAUAUGCGUUCGGAUACCGUGACAAAGCCUACCAAGGCGAUGAAACAUGCUAUGGUGAAUUCUGCUUUGGGAGAUGAUGUUUUUGGAGAGGACCCAACGGUGAAUGCCUUGGAAAGUAAGAUAGCGGCUUUGAUGGGGAAGCCUGCAGCGUUGUUUGUGCCUUCUGGUACCAUGUCCAAUUUGAUUGCGAUCAUGGUGCAUUGCAAUAAGCGAGGCGCAGAAGUCAUUGUUGGAGACAAGGCACACAUUUACAAAUAUGAACAAGGCGGUGCAGCACACGUCGGCGGCUGCCUGUUAUCCACAAUGGAGAACAAUCCCGACGGCACCUUCGACCUGCAGAAGAUGGAGAAGCGAAUCCGAGGCACCGACGUACACGAGCCAAUCACAUCGCUGGUCUGCAUUGAGAACACGCACAACGUUUGUGGCGGGAAGGUGCUGCCCAUGAAAUGGCUUGAUGAGCUGUCUGUCAUCUGCAAGAAACAUUCCUUACCUAUACAUGUGGAUGGAGCCCGAAUCUUCAAUGCGGCAGCAUACCUGAACGUCCCCGUGAAAGAAGUAGUCAAGUACUGCGACAGCAUAUCCGUGUGUUUCAGCAAAGGCUUGAGCUGUCCGGUCGGCUCAGCGCUAGUGGGCUCCGUACAUUUCAUUGAACAAGCGCGACGCGUCCGAAAGAUGUUAGGAGGCGGUAUGCGGCAAGCCGGAGUGUUGGCGGCGUGUGCACUUGUGGCGCUCGAUGAAAUUGUGCCGCAGCUGGAGUUGGACCACAAACGCGCCAACAGAAUGGCUAAAGUAAUCGAAGGCAUGUUCCUGAAAUGUUUCACCGUGGACGUCCAGAACCAGCACACCAACAUAGUUCUGGUGCGACUCACACCGAAAUGUCCCGUCGGGGCGGGAAGGGUCGUACAGAGGUUAGCGCAAGUUUCGCUGCAGGAGACACAGGGCGACUGCAAAACCGCGAACGACGAAGGCGUGAUAUUGAAAAGCAUCAUCUUCGACGACCAAACUAUUCGCUUUACACUCCACAACGGAAUAACGGACGAGGACCUAUGGCUGGCCAUCAUGAAGAUCACCUACGUGUUCAAGGAGAUUGAGGCGGAGGCGGGGAAGGCUACUAAAAUUUAGAACGUUUCCCUAUCCUCGUAAGGCCCAAUGUGCAUUACAAUGUACACUGUUUCAAUCUAAUUUGAACCUUUCAGAAAGGAAAUAACGUAGCAUUUCCUUUGUUUCAUUGUUUUCUAAAACGAAAGUCACCCUAAUGUAUAAAACAACAAGGUUCAAAUUAAAAAUAGGGAAACUUUCUAUGGUGGGCCUUACGAGGCUAUCAGAAUAAAUAAUAGUACUAGGUACAUAAAACAUAAGACUCACUCUCUAACAAAACGCGUCUGUUACGAUCAGCACAGAUAUGACCGCUAGGUGGCGACAGCGCCACGCGCGGCUUAUGGCUUUCCCCAAAAUUGGGGUGGAACGGAUGUACUUUUAGCUACCUGUAGCAAAGCGACGAUAUCGCGGAGUGAGCCACGCCUUGCUAUAGGCCAAGCAAUAAGAAGGUAUAGAGGCAAAUGCUAGGAACACAAUUUUUGAAUCCGUAACUUUGCUUGGACUAGUUAGGAGGUGAACAUAUCAAAAGUCCCCGGCCGUACCCCCAGUGCUAACUUUAUACUAAAAUGAACUCUGUUUAUAGGUAAAUAGAAUUCAUUUGGUGGCCAAUUACUAACAAUGGCCGGUUACUGGCGAAUUACCCUAGUUAAAUGACUAGUAACAUUGUUGCUCGAAGAUUGUGGCAUAUUUAGACAAUAAAUGAAGCAAAUGUCAAAUGCUCUGCCAAUCACGACUUUAUCAUCUAUAAUUAUAAGGUUAUUAUUCGAAUGUAAAUGAAAAUACAUACAUAUUAAGUAAAGUUAUUGUUUACUGUUGACAUUAUAAAAUAAAUAGUACAAUGUUGUGAUGAGAUAUUUACUUAUCAAAUAUACAAUUGUUAUACAUAUUUUUUUAUUACCUCCUAGUUGUAGCUUUUACCAAAUACACAUUUUACAAAACAAUCACUGUGGGGGACAAACCUAUCACUAUCUUGGCGGGGGCACGGCCGUGCCCCCAGUUAUCCUGAAUGUCAAAGCACGAGGGUAAA